AGACACGACUUGACUUCCGCUCUAGCUACUGCCUCUUCCUGUUAGCUACCGCUGCACCUUCGUGUCAUACCACAUUUAGCAAUCCGCUCAUUCUAAAUCAACACUUCGUUCCCCCGGGGUUUAUUUGAGCCAACGCAAACAUGGCAGAGGCCAUUCAAAAGAAAAUAAAAGCGGAGAUAGAAAUAUAUACACAGAUGCAGAAAGAUGUUAGCAAGAGCGUGUCAGCCAGACAGAAGCUGGAGGCGCAGCUAACAGAGAACAACUUUGUCAAAGAGGAGCUGGAUCUGCUGAACAGCACAAACACAGUUUAUAAACUUAUUGGUCCUGUGUUAGUGGUACAAGAUCAGGACGAGGCCAAAGCCACAGUUGCAAAAAGGCUGGAAUAUAUUAAAGGAGAAAUUCAAAGGUAUGAGGCGCUCCUGAAAGAGAUGGAGAAGAAAUCCGAUCAGCACAGAGAAGUCCUGUCUAGUUUACAGCAGGAGUAUCAGAAAGCUCAGGGCCUUGCUGUUGGCAAAGCCUGACCGAGUGAAGAAGCUGCACACACGCCCACACAUACACACAGGGUACAGUGUGUAGUGUCGGUACAGUUGAUCCAAAAGGAAAGGGGCGCAUGUUGCAUCCUCUUUGGAAUUUGUUUAUUUCUUUGUGCACAGCCACACCCAUGACAGCCACACCCCCCCCCCAUUCAUUCAGCAGCCGUGACAUUGAAGCCAUGACUGAGAGAUAAUUGGAUGUAGGUAAAGCCAUUUCUGUUUAUCAAUCAAGCCCCCCCCCAGACAAAAGUAGAAAAGAAAAGUCAUGCAAUGUAAAUCUACUACAUGAGGUUGAGUCAAUUCUGCUUGUAUCCUGUCUUUUACUGUAACUUUUCUCUUGUUGCUAAUAAACAUGUUUUUCAUUGAAGGUCA